GCAGUUCACAGGUGGCAGUUCGUUGAGCAGCUGAUCUAAGAUGGCGGCUAUUCAGGGGCGUUGUCUAUAUGAUUUUGAUGGUGAUGAGAGUAAUGGAGAACUGAGCUUUGUUGCAGGGGAGACUUUAUAUAUUUUGAGACAGGAUAUAGGUGAUGGCUGGUGGGAAGCAAGAAGUGCUGAUGGUAAACAUGGGCUGGUUCCUGAAACCUAUAUUGAAAUUGUGUCAGUACCAGAACCAGAGUUUCCACCUCCACCGCCCCCAGUUGUCACUAGCAGUUUACCAUCAGCUCCUCCUCUAUAUCCUUCUAAUGGAUUUUCAGGCUCACCACCAGGAUUGAGUCAACAACAGAGCUUUGAUGAUUGGGAUGAUGAUGAAUGGGAUGAUGAUGAUGGGGAAUCUAGCAAUAGUACAACAGGGACUACACAAGAUUUAGGGGGGCAAGGAAACUUUGGACUUGCAGUUCCUAAACGAGAGGGUAAGAAAAUAUCUCCUGGUACAGAAAUGUCUAAAUAUGGAACUGUCAAAAGCAGUUUUAGCAGGUUUUCCCAUUUUGCUAAAUCUGGUGGGGAAGCUUUCCUGAUGGGUCAGGCUGUUGAGAAAGUGAAUGAUAGUGAGCGAAUCAAAAUAAUUGAAACUGCUGAUGGUCCUAUGUGGUUAAAAGAAGACAGUGCUUUCACCUGUGCAGUCACAUCACCAAAGAAAGAAAGCAAAAUGAAAGGUUUAAAGAGUUACAUAGCAUAUCAUCUUCAGCCCUCAUUUAGUAACAUUAUAGUAAGCAGGAGGUAUAAGCAUUUUGAUUGGCUACAUGGGAGAUUGGAGUGCAAAUUUGUUUGUAUACCUAUCCCACCAUUGCCAGAUAAAGCUGUCACAGGUCGAUAUGAAGAAGAUUUUAUUCAAGAAAGAAUGCGCCAACUUCAAGCGUGGGUCAAUCGAAUGGUCAGACAUCCUGUCAUAUCUAGGAGUGAUGUGUUUCAUCAUUUUUUGACAUGCACGGAUGAUAAGAAAUGGAAAGUUGGUAAAAGAAACGCAGAAAAAGAUCAAUUUCAGGGUGGAAAAUUUUUCCAGGUUUUACAACCACCUACUAAAGCGUUAGAUUUACGAGAAGUUGAACCUAAAAUGGAAUUAUUUUGUAAAUUUGUCUUGAGUAUGACAGAGAAUAUAAAGACAUUAAUCACAGUUCACCAAGAUUAUGCUAAAAAACAAAUUGGGCCUUUCAAAAGAGAAUAUGGCAGAAUUGGUGCUUCUUAUAAACAACUGGCACAAACUUUUAACAUGGAUACAAAUCCUGCUUCUAGAAAUCUGACUGCUGCUAUUGAUUACACUGGAGAUGCCUUUAAUGAUAUUGGAGAAAUGUUUGCAAAACAGCCUCCCCGGGAUGCCUAUCCUUUGAUUGAAUCUUUUUAUGAAUAUAAAGGAUUGUUACAAACCUACCCUGAUGCUUUGAAAGUCCACGAGGGAGCAAUAGGAAAAGCUAAGGAGUGCCUAAAAUUACAAGAGGAAGGUAAAAUGCAAGAGACUGAGGUACAAAGUGUCUUGAGUCGUGCAGACACAAUAUCAUACGGGACACUGGCUGAGAUGAAUCAUUUUCAACAUGAGAGGGUUAUUGAUUACAAGUCUAUGAUGCAGAGUUACCUGAAGGAACAAAUUGAUUUUUAUAAAAAGUUAACUAGCAAGUUAGAAGAUGCACUACAUCGAUAUGAUAAUGCAUAAAGCAACAGAAUUCAUAAUGCCAGGAUGAUCCUUGUUACAAGAAAGUAUUUAAAUUAAUAUUCGUGUCACAUCUAAACAAACACACAUUGUUUUCUUUGUAUGCUUUAUAACAUAUUUGAGUUUCCAACCAUCUUUACAGCACUAGUAGCUUGACACAUUAUUUACAUUAGUUUUUGUUGUAAAUUUUUAUUUUAUUUAGCAGUGCCCUUAGCACUUAAAUAUUUGCCAUCAAUGUAUCUACUACAAUAGUUUUUGUGAUUUUUUUUUUGUUGAAAAUAUAGAUGAGUCUCCAUGUCAUGUUUGAUCCAGAACAGUUGCAAUAUUAAUAGAAGUGAUUUUUAGUAUAAAAAUUAUUCUGUACGAGUGUCUAGGGUUUUGUGUUUUACUAUCAAAGUUCUCAUGCCCAUAAUGAUUUAUUCAUCCACUAUAACAAAUGUAAUUUCAAAUGACGUACAAUAUAGAAAACUCUGUUAAUAAACAUUUUUUCCCUUUUGUAUGAGAUGUUUGUAUUUCUCAGUAGAGCCUACUGCAAUUCUGUAAUCAAAAUUGUUUACACUUGUUUUGUUAAAAUAAUGAUUCGUCCCCAUUGUUUGAUUAUCUACUUCACAUAGUUGAUAAUCAAACAUCUUCCACAUUGACUUAAUCUAAGGCACUUGUGCCCUAAAAACAUUAGCCUUAAACAAGACUUGUUCAUAACUUGAGCCUGCAGAAAACCCUCUUUAAACAUUCUCCUCAGUUCUUGGACAUUUGUUUUAUAAAUGGGAGUAAAAAAAUUGAAUGAAAUUUUGUAUUUUUACAUUCUUUUCCUUAUUUGGUGGUCAAAUCCUAUACUCUAUUUUGGCCAAUUGCUGAUACAAUUUUUUCUUUCAAGCUUUGUAGUUAAUAAGAAUUGAUUAAAAAAUUACUAUAUUCAAUAAGAAAAGGCAUCCAUCUUGGUUAAUGAUCACCUGAACUGUCACAUGUGUUUACCUAACCAGAGCUGAGAAGGAUUUUAAUGACUGCAGACUAUUGUUGUUUAGAGUUCAUUUAUUACUAGCUACUGAUCAUGCUUUAAGUCUUAAGAAAAUAGUUGUGAUGACUACAUAAUUAAGAACAAUUAGAAGGAAAUAAGUGAUUUUAAAGCUUAAAUAUUAACUUACUUUUAAAUUUUUACAAUUUUAAGAUUCUAAAAAACCAUUUAAAAAACCUUUAAAUGUGCUGAAGCAAAAAAACAAAACUUUCCUUAAUUAGCUGUAAUAUGUGAGUCAGAAUAUCUUCAAAUUUUAGACAUCAAUAAGUAUACUUUUAAUCUAAAGAAAGAAACAUUUGUUUUAUUUACAUGUCCAUUUACAAGGUAAUUUUAAAGGUUUUAUAAAUACAUGUUUCAGUUGGCUGAACAGCACUCAUACCUGCAUACACCUCACUUAAAGUUUAAACUUUUUCCCCAUUUCAGUCUGUCAGGUCAUAUUUUUUCGGACAUGAUUCAUUUCUGCAUUUUUGUUUGAAAAGAUUUUUUAAGUGUAUUUAAUUCUGCAUGUAUAAAAAGAAAUGUUACAUUUUAACUUAUGGAAGUAAAAUUGGAAUUACGUCAAAAUGAUUGUAUUAUGUGGUGUUUUUUUUUAAAAUAUAACCAACUUACUGUUAAUCAGUUUCUUCCAGGCAUCUCCAGGCUUUGCCACCCCC